AGGCUGCCGCUGCUCCUCAGCUGAUGUGAUGUCAAGCCUGUGAACCCCUCCGCUCCAAACACUCACCCAUCGCCUCGCAUCGUGACAAGACACAGCACAGAAAACCUCUCUUUAACGCAUUUGACGCACAAAAGACGAUGUUAGACAAGGACGUUCCGGAGCACGGGCCACGGGAGCUCACCCAAAACCCGCUACGGAAGAUAUGGAUGCCGCGGUGCAGUAAUGGAUUGCCCCAACGACCCAUUACGCAGAGACGGGUGUGUAUGACAAACUGCCCCACGCUCAUCGUAACAGUUGGACUCCCAGCUCGGGGUAAAACCUACAUCUCCAAGAAGCUGACGAGAUAUUUAAAUUGGAUCGGAGUGCCAACGAAAGUUUUUAAUGUGGGUCAGUACAGAAGAGAAUGUGUUAAGAUCUACAAAUCAUUUGAAUUCUUCCGUCCAGACAAUGAAGAAGGCCUUAAAAUCAGACAACAAUGCGCCACAUCAGCUCUGAACGAUGUCCGACAGUACCUGAGCGUGGAGGGAGGACAAGUCGCAGUGUUCGAUGCCACGAAUACAACAAGAGAAAGGAGAGCAACGAUAAUGAAGUUUGCAGAACAGAAUGGGUUCAAGGUAUUUUUUGUGGAGUCUGUGUGUGAAGACCCAGAUGUCAUUGCAGAAAACAUAGUGCAAGUGAAGUUGGACAGCCCUGACUACAUCCACACAAACUCAGAGGAGGCCAUAGAGGAUUUCAUGAAGAGGAUCAAAUGUUACGAAUCGUCCUAUCAGCCACUGGACGAGACUCUAGACAAGUGAGUGCAUGUGCAUACUAUACAAUACAACACAAUACAACACAUAAUGAUAUGAAAGUAAAUAAAUUAAAGGGAGAAAUUUAACUCACAACCUGAAUCUAAAUUUAUCAAUGCAGGUUUUGAAAGAUUUUUUGAAAGAAAGCUCAUUAGACUGUUGCAUGAUCAUUGAGUCUUAGUUCUGUGUGUGUGAGAUUAGUGCUGGUCAGACUGAG